AUGGCUAACGUGGAUAAGCCAAGCCGAGCCGAUGGAGCUCACAUUUUGGUAGUCCCUUAUCCAAGCCAAGGCCAUGUUAACCCCAUGCUUCAACUCUGCAAGCGCCUCGCCUUCAAAGGCGCCAAACCCACUUUAGUCAUAACCAAAUUCAUCUCCAAGACCUUCAACCCAAAAUCAUCUCAUCUCAAUAUUGCCAUCGACACUAUUUCCGACGGCUUUGACCAAGGCGGCUUUGGUCAAUCGAAAGGCGUCGAGGAUUAUUUGACUCGUCUAGAAAUCGAGGGAUCGAGAUCACUCGAGCACCUCGUGAAAUCAUACCAAAGUUCUAUCCGACCGAUCGAUUGGGUGGUCUACGACUCGUUUUUAACUUGGGCUCUGGAUGUCGCCAAAAAGCACGAUAUCAAGUCGGCUUCUUUCUUCACUCAGGCUUGUAUGGUUAACUAUGUGUACUAUUAUAUCUAUGAAGGGGUUUUGAAACUUCCGGUGACAACGCCGCCGGCGGUGGAGCUGCCGGGGCUGCCGCCGCUCGAGCUGGCGGACAUGCCAUCGUUUGUGUGUGUGCCCGGGUCGUACCCGGAUUAUUUCAAGUUGAUUUCGGGCCAGUUUAGGAAUGUGGAGAAGGCUGACUUGGUGCUUUUCAACACGUACUACAAGCUGGAAUUGGAGGCCGUGGAAUCAAUGUCAAAGAUAUUUCCAAUACUAACAAUCGGGCCCACACUUCCAUCUUUCUAUCUGGACAACCGCGUACCUAACGACCGCACAUACGACAUCAACCUUUUCGAAUCAAACUCCUCGGCCACCAUCGCCAAUUGGCUAGACGCAAAGCAGCCAGGCUCGGUCGUCUACGUGGCGUUCGGCAGCAUGGUCGAUCUCUCCCGAGCCCAGACGGAGGAAAUAGCCCGUGGUCUGACGGCAGCCGGUUUCGACUUCUUGUGGGUCAUUCGGGAGUUCGAUUUCGAAGAGCUGGUGGAGCCCGCGCACGGCAGGGCACUGGUGGUGCCGUGGAGCCCGCAGCUGGAGGUGCUGUCCCACGUGGCGGUGGGGUGUUUUUUCUCGCAUGGAGGGUGGAACUCGACGACUGAGGCACUCAGCCUGGGGGUGCCAAUGGUGGUUUUCCCACAAUGGACGGACCAGACAAUGAAUGCAAAGCUCGUGCAAGAUGUGUGGGGGGUCGGGCUGAGGGUGGGUGUGGGCCCGGAUGGGGUCGUGAGUCGGGAUGAGAUCGAGGGGUGCGUGAGGGAGGUAAUGGAAGGGGAGAAAGGGAAGGAGAUGAAGAGGAAUGCUUGCAAGUGGAGUGAGUUGGCUAAGGAGGCCGCAAAUCCUGCGCGCGACUCUCGCAGCAAAUCGCUCGCAGCCCACACGCGACGUCUGCAGCACACGCCACUGCUCAUGGGGUCGCUUAGCGUCGCACUGAAGCUCGACAAGCGAACACACUUGCGGGGUCGCGAGUGCCAGCGUCGCCCAACGGGCUGUCACGACCGCACGCGAGUGUCAGGUCUCGGCGCAGUUCGCUCAGCGACAGCUUCUUAG